AAACCCUGAGAGCACUAAAUUUUACUAUGAACUGUAAAGUAUGUAUUAUAGUUCAUUUACUAUGUUGCAUUUUAGGACAACCUCGUCAAACAACAGGUCUAACCUUAAAACUUCUAACAUCGUAGGAAACAAGGCACAUGAGAAUCUGUUGGGUGGAUAAUAUUUGGAAUUUGAAAGAAAAACAAAAAGAAGAAAAUUUGGAAAAGGAAUGAGUGGGAUGACGCUUUUAGGCUGGAAUCUGUGGCCACCAACCUUGCUUUCAACAGCUAUCCCCAUGUAAUUCCAAGGACAUUGAUAAAAGUUUAAGAAACCUGUUGCUUUUAUAUCUUUUUUUCCUCUGAAGCCUGAUGAUCAUCUCAAAACCAUCUAUAUUUUGGGUUUAAAAGAUCUGAUGAUAUUUGAUUCAACUAAAGGGUCUACUUCCAGUUUUUUAUAAAUGGGUUUACCUAAUCGAUUGUUUAACAGACAGAGAACCGUUCAUGAGAUCCUUGGGGGAGGUUUAGUAGCAGAUGUGAUGUUGUGGAGGCGAGGGAAUUUGACUAUGGGGAUCUUGAUGGUUACUCUGACUGUUUGGGUGGUAUUUGAGAAAUCUGGCUACACUCUGUUGUCACUUGUCUCUAGCGUUCUCCUCCUUCUCAUUGUCAUUCUAUUUCUCUGGGCCAAAUCUGCUGCAAUUCUUAACCGACCUGCUCCACCUCUUCCGGAAUUGUAUCUAUCAGAAGAAAUGGUAAAUGAAGUGGGAGCUUUCAUCCGAACCCAUGUAAAUGAUUUGCUCUCAGUCUCUCAGGAUAUUGCAUUGGGCAAAAAUGCAAGGUUGUUCUUCAAGGUUGCUACAUCCUUGUUGCUGAUUUCUGUUAUUGGUGGCUUGACUGAUUUCCUUACUUUGGGUUACACCAGCCUUGUUGUUAUUCUCACAGUUCCAGCACUCUACGAGAGAUACGAAGACUAUAUUGAUUCAUGUCAUAAAUGGGUGUGGGAAAAUGCAGCAGUUGUAUGUGGAAUUUGAUUCCACGUUUGCGAACAGAAUCCGGAAAUGGAUUUUGGAGAUGCAGAAGUUAAGCUGAUUUCCUUUGUUUCUUCUUAAGUUUUCUUCUUUUCUGUUUGCGAAUACCAGCGUUUCUUAUUGAGCAUCAGGGAUGUGUAGAAAUGCAUUUCCUCUCUGAUUUAUUGUUUCCGGCGUGUGAGUUCAUUAGGUUUUGACCAGAUCCUAGGGAAGUUACCACUCAAUGAAAUUAUUUUUAGUGAAAUGAAUAGUUAAGGAACAUCUAAACAAGGAAAUAUAGUUUUUACUUUUUCAGACAUGUUAUACUAGUUAAUGUAGGCAGG